AUGGCGGCUACUACACUCUACAAGUCUUGUCUUCUUCAACCCAAGUCCGGUUCCACCACCCGCAUGAACCCUUCUAUCGUCAAUCCCCUUUCGAAUCCGACCAGAGUUUCGGUUUUGGGUAAGAGUCGCAGAGAUGUCGUCGCGAAAGCUUCGAUUGAAAUGGCGGAAUCGAACUCGACACCUUCCGUUGUUGUCAAUUCCUCUAAGCAGAAUGGUCCCAUCAUCGUGAUUGAUAAUUACGACAGCUUCACCUACAAUCUCUGCCAGUAUAUGGGAGAGCUAGGAUGCCAUUUUGAAGUUUACCGAAAUGAUGAACUCACAGUAGAGGAGCUGAAAAGUAAGAAUCCAAGAGGAGUGCUGAUUUCUCCUGGACCUGGUACCCCACAAGACUCUGGGAUUUCGUUACAAACUGUUUUGGAACUCGGACCACGUGUUCCUUUAUUCGGAGUGUGUAUGGGUUUGCAGUGUAUAGGAGAAGCGUUUGGAGGAAAGAUCGUGCGGUCACCAUAUGGUGUGAUGCAUGGGAAAAGCUCCAUGGUUUACUAUGAUGAGAAAGGAGAAGAAGGUUUAUUCUCUGGAUUAUCUAACCCUUUCCUUGUAGGUAGAUAUCACAGCCUCGUGAUCGAGAAAGAUACAUUUCCCAGUGAUGAACUCGAGGUUACUGCGUGGACUGAGGAUGGUUUGGUUAUGGCUGCUCGACACAGGAAGCACAAGCAUAUACAGGGAGUUCAAUUUCAUCCGGAGAGUAUUAUAACAACAGAAGGCAAGACAAUAGUCCGCAACUUCAUCAAACUUGUAGAGAAGAAGGAGGCUGAGAAGUUGACUUAA